AAAUGUCAGAAAAGCCAGUCCUCUAACACUCGGAGGCUUCUGAACUGAACCAGCAUCAUGCUCUGCUUAUUCAUCAUGGUUUUUUGUUUUUCGAGCGCAACAUGCUCAGAGCUGCUGAGUCGUCACAGAAGGUCUUGGGUCAUCGACUCGUUCACUAUAGAGGAGGAGCAUCCUGGGCCCUUCCCUUAUGUGCUGGGAAAGAUAAACAUUGAACGGGACUAUCGUGUGAUGUUUGAUCUGUAUGGGGAAGGAGUGGAGAAGGAGCCAAAGGGAGUUUUCACAAUUGACAAAGACUCUGGCACUUUGUACGCCCACAGGGCCGUGGACUACGAGAAGAACAAACUGCUGCAGCUGAAAUUUGAGGCCGUGAAGACCGAUUUAUCGAUAGACACCAAAUUAGGAGUUGAAAUUGCCAUAUUAGACAUCAACGACAACCCACCACGCUUUCAGAAGGAUCUGUUUGAAAUCAGCGUUGAUGAGGACAUAACACAAGGCUCCCAUAUCCAGACUAUGGUAGCUGACGACAGAGACAAGAGAGGGACGCCAAACUCAACGUUCCACUAUGAAAUUAAGUCUGUGUCUCCAAGCCGUCCGGGCACUGAGUUCACUAUUGAUUCUCAUUCUGGGACAAUAUCAUUCAAAGGGUGUUUGGAUCAUGAGCUGGCUGAGAUGUUCACAGUGGUGGUGGAGGCCAAGGACCACGGAGACGUAGUCAGUCUGUCCAGCUCAAGCACUGUUAUCAUCCACAUCCAGGACGGCAACAACCACCUCCCAACCUUCAGCGGACAAACAGGCUCUGGCAAAGUUAAAGAAGAUGAAACAGGGACGUCUCCUCUGCGACUGCAUACGACAGACAAAGACACGCCGAACAGCCCGGCAUGGAGAGCCAAAUACACUAUCCAUGGCGACGAGGGAGCGCACUUUAAAAUAGAAACAGACCCAGACACCAACGAUGGGAUCCUGACGGUUGUAAAAUCGUUAGACUUUGAGGAGGAGGCCCUGAGGGAGUUGACCAUCUCAGUGGAAAAUGAGGCGCCAUAUUUCUCCUGUGAAGUGAAGGAGAAGACGCCCUCAGGCCUCUGGAAAGUCGACACCAGUAAAGGUGACGAUCCUCCACUGGACACUCUAAAAGUUAUCAUCGAAGUCCAGGAUGUCAACGACCCCCCGGUGUUCAGUGUGAGCGUUAAAGAGGUCGUGUUGGAGGAGAACGCACCCAUUGGGACCUGGUUGGAGAAAAUAACUGCAUUGGAUCCUGAUUCUGGUCAAGCAAGAGCUUUUGUGUACAAGGUAGGAAGCGAUCCUGCUGGCUGGGUGACAGUGGAUCCUCACACAGGAGACAUCACGACAGCUGGGACACCAGAUAGAGAAUCUCCUCAUGUCAGCGACGGCGUCUACACCAUCUUACUGCACGCCGUGGAUGAUGGUGAGCCACCGAUGACAGGUACAGCCACACUGAACAUCCAUGUAACGGACCACAACGACAACGUGCCUCAGCUAACAGUGGGCUUUGUGGAUGUGUGUGUGUCUGACGGCCCCUCCAGCACCAAGAUCACGGCCUUUGACCUGGAUGAUACUCCCUUCGGUGGGCCUUUCACAUUUGAACUGCUUGGUGACGUCAAAGGGAAAUGGAAGCUGAAUCCCUCAUAUGGGUACACUGCUGGCCUGGUGAAGGAGCCCGGUGUUUAUUCUGGCCCGCACACGAUUGACGUGAAGAUCUCUGACAUGCAGGGACAGUUUGCCGUUUACAACCUCAGUGUGACCGUGUGUCACUGCAGUGAGAGGCCCAACUGCAGAGGCCCCCGAAGCACUGCCACAACCGCUGCUCCCGAGGCUCUAGCCAUAGUGUUUGCCUCACUGCUUUUGAUCAUGUGUCUGCUACUGAUGGCAGUGAUCAUGACCUGCAGAAAAGAGUUCAAACCUUUUCACCCCAGUGGUACCUCCGGAGAGACAUUCCUGCCAUCAAACAUUGAGAAUCCAGGAACAGACUGCAAGGUACCUGACAACGUACUGGUAGGGUUUAUUGAAAACUCCAUAGACCAAUCUAAUUGGGGAGGUCAGCAUGAUGGGAUUAAACACAACAACUUUUCAAAGGAAAUGGAGCAAUACUUCAUCUACAAUCACUUUAGAGAUCACAGGAGGGAGGAUAUGUUCCAUCUACAUUACAACAGGAACCAGGCAACUUUGAGAUCUUUAGUAGCCAAUGGCCACCAUCAGACCCAUCUGCGUGAAGAAAUGGACACAAUGAACUUCCAUGCAACUCUCCAUGCCGUGCUUCAUCAGCAGCUCUUCUCUCUCCAAAAGAAAGAAGGUGACCUGCUUGAGUAUGAACCUCAAGUUUAUGCAGAUGAGGGCGACUCAGAUGUCCUCUCAGAGCUGGAGAUCAUCAGCCUUCCUGACAAGGAUUCAUACCAGAAAGCACUAAAUGACUUGGGCCCCAAGUUCAAGCAACUGGCCUCCAUUUGCAAGCCACCAAAAAUAAAAAACUGAGCUUUUAUGUUUUAUAUUUUAUUUUAAAGGGGUGAAAUAAAGAAGGUGAUAUUUUGUUA